ACAACACAAAUCCAAUCGCCGUACUUUUCGUAAGCCUAUAAAUAUAACUCUCACUCUCGACUCGACAGAUUUCAGUGUGUGUGCAAGAGACGAGCCGCAAGAUGAAUUUAUUCAUUUUCUUGGCCGCAUUUGUCUUGGCUGCUGCUACAGCCGCCAUCAACGAGGUUAGACAGCCUUCAAAUCGACCAGGAAGAUUCCUUUCACUGCCAAAUGCCCAAAAAUGCGCUAACCGACCAAAGCAAUUCUUCUACAGAGGGCACAACUAUUUCUUCAGCGGACACGUGCCCGAAUUGUCCGGUAGGAAGGUCGAUUGGUUAGAUGGCAGGAACGUUUGCAGAGAGUAUUGCAUGGACCUUGUCUCGAUCGAAACCCAAGAAGAAAACAACAUGAUCUUCAGACUCAUCCAACAAAAUGAUGUCCCUUACAUCUGGACUUCUGGAAGACUAUGCGACUUCAAGGGCUGCGAAAACCGUCCCGACUUGGAACCUAAAUCAGUUCUGGGCUGGUUCUGGUCUGCAAACAGGGAGAAGAUGGCUCCAACUAACAGAUCUCCAAAUGGUUGGAACUACAAUCCAUGGUCUUCUACCGGACACAAAAAGCAACGUCAACCUGAUAACGCCGAGUUCGACAUUAACGGAACAACCGAAUCCUGUCUUUCAAUUCUCAACAACGUCUAUAACGAUGGAAUCGCAUGGCACGACGUCGCUUGUUAUCAUGAGAAGCCUAUCGUAUGCGAGGAUUCUGAGGAACUCCUCAACUAUGUUGCAGCCACCAAUCCAGGCAUCAGAUUAUAAAUGAAUGUACUUCGGCAUUUUCCUUGAAGAAAAGCCACUUUUCUUAAUUGUACUUUUCACAUAAUUUAUUUAUCGACUAAGUUAAAUUAAAUUACAAUUCUAAUUGGAAACGAGUGAAGGAGAAUAUCAACAAUAUGCAGCUGUACAAUAGUUUCUUUUCACAUUUGUAUUAGAAUAUCUUUCAGCAAUUAUGUAUAAAUGUGU